AUGACCUCUGUGGGUCGAUUUUCCAACGUCACUGAAAUCCGCGUGUCUGACAAAAUUCCAAUUUUGACGUCACUCGUCUUACCGCACGGCACACAAGACGUCACGUUGGUUGUUGGCUCUGACGUCACUACGGAUAAUGUGUUUUCUGUUUGCGACGUAGAGGUCAGUUACAUCGGAAUUAAUCUUAAUGGUGUGCAGACGACACCUUCAACAGUCUCGUUUCAAAGACUCGGGAACGGGUCAUAUCAGAACCCAUCGACUACGAUCGAUCUCGGAACGAUCACCAACAGCGGAAGUAGCGUCCUCUGGAACGCCAGCGAGGUGCGCGUCCUGCUACACGUGGUCGUCACCAACUCCAGCGCCUUCACCGUCGGCGGCGUCUACUCCGUCAUUGGCGACGCUACCCUCGAUAACGGAGCUAUGCAGUUCUUGGCUUCACUGAAUUUUACCGCCGUUAGUCAAAAUCCGCCCUCUCCCACGUCGCAACCACUCAUAUCUCUGUCGGGCCCGACGUCAGUGAAGAUCGGAGACGUCGCAAACUUGACGUUGAUGUUGACGCUUGUUGACCCAUACAACGCGCUCCGUAUCGAAGCUAGGGUAAACGGCACGUACACAUUCCCGGCUUGCGACGUCAUUCUUGACAACAUAGGCAAGUCAGUGUGGCUCGAUUGGUUAUUGUCGGCUUGGAAACUUUUCAAGUUCUUUCGACUGUUUUCUGACAAGUUUGGGUUACUACAGUAA